UUUUUUCUCUGGGCUUCUGUAAUAAUCCGCCUCUUUUGGACUCAAACAUACUGAGAUUUUUCCGAGCACAGAGAGACACACACUGCUCUGCUAACUCUACAGUCUGGUGUGACACAGACUCAGUGGUAGAAUGAAAGUCCACACACUCUUCUGGAUCAGUGUGAUUUCACUGUUUGUUAGCACCAUUUGUGCCUCUGAGUGGAAGAAGAAAUGUGAGGAGGAGUGGGGCCUGCAGGGAGCUCCGAUGCCCGACAGUCUGGACUGGGAGUCCGUGUAUGAAGCCAGACCACUGGGGAGGAAUUUACUGAAGAAUCCUUCACCUCACGGCUUGAGUAAGGACAACCCUCCUCCUAAUCCUAAUUCCAGAAAAGCACAAACUCGAGAAUUUUCACGACGUAAGCCUACAGGCAACUUCAACGGCUGGAACACGAGCACAGAAAGUCUCCCAGUCGACAGGAGUGGCUUCCCACCUGGUGCUGUUGUCUGUGGAUUUAUGAGAUACGUCUGGUUCUCCCUGGAGCAGGUUGUGGACCUGAAGGCGGAGGGACUGUGGGACGAGCUGCUGGAUGAGUUUCAGCCUGAAAUCGUCAUCCAGGACUGGUAUGAGGAGAGUAAAGUUGCUGAACACAUCUAUGAGCUGCACGUGACGUUACUGUCAGAAAACAUGACGGUGAUCUCAGAGCACUCCGUCCAGCCCACUGAAGACCGCAGCUCUUCCUCAUACACCUGGAAGGAGGUGUCUCAUGUGUUCUCUGGUUAUGGAUCCGGGUUGAGAUAUGUCCGCUUCCAGCACCGUCUGAAGAACAAGUUCGGGGAUGGGAUUAUGCGUGGGUUUUACCAAACGAUGUUCUGUGACAGCUCAGUGAUCGUCAAACCAACCAAGAGCAGCUCCUAAUCCUCCUGAGAAGUGCAGAGCAGAUAUACGGCUAACACACUCAAUAUAACCUGCAUGAUCAACACUGAACCCCUUCAAGCCAGUUCUCCUUUGCUUUGUUUUAAUGCUCUGAUGAAUAUUACAAAGAGGCCUUCAUCUGUGUUUUUAUAUGCUGCUUUUAUGAACUUUGCACUGCUUCAAAGUUAUAUGUAAAUAACCACACUGUGAUUCAUGAUACAAAUAAACACCUUCAUUCUC